UGACUAACUUUUAGCCUUCAAAAAAUACUGAAUCAUGGGUACAAAUCUUACUGGGGAAUGUGACAGAAACCUGUGUGUGUGUUUGAGUGCAUUUUGAGGAAGACAGAAACAGAGAGAACAUUACAAUUAUCUGGAUCUUCUUCUCUGUUUGUGAUCGGCUGUGAAGAAAGAGUAGAAGUGUUUUCUUUUUAGUGUUUUACAUUAAAUGGUGACAUGACUCACAGUUCAACAGGUUUGUAGCAAAUCACAAGUCCUCCUCAAUAUGAGUUUCCUCAUAUUUUCCACGAUUUCAUGCGUGUUUAACCCCUGACCCUGAAUAUCCUAAAGUGAGCAGAGUGGCAUCCGAAGCGUCUGCUGACCUUUGACCUGCAGCUCUGUGCCAUGAAGUCCUCUCUCCUCCUCUUCUCCUUCCUCCUGUGUGUGUGUGGCGUUCAGGUGGCUUCAGGUUUCAAAAUCUGUGCCUUUAACCUCCAUCACUUUGGGGAUUCCAAGGUCAAGAAGAGCAAUGUGGUGCAUACUCUUGCCAGGAUCAUCACCCGCUGUGACGUGUCUUUGCUGCAGGAAGUGAGAGACGCGAAAGGGAAAGCGGUACCAAAGCUGCUUGACCGCCUCAACAAGUACGACCCUGAUCAUGACUAUGCCUUUGUGGCCAGUGAGCGGCUGGGCAGGACCUCCUCGUACCAGGAGCAGUACGUGUUCGUUUACAGGACUGACACCGUGUCAGUGACUGGACAGUACCAGUACCCUGAUGAUCGUCAAGGAGACGUCGAUGCUUUCUCCAGAGAACCGUUCGUUGUCCGCUUCAAAGCGCCCAAAACAGAUAUAAAGGAGUUUGUCCUCAUACCUCAGCACACCACUCCAACCAACACCACUAAAGAGCUCGAUGCACUCUAUGACGUUUUGCAGCAUGUGAGGAAGAUGUGGGACACUGAGAACGUGAUGCUUCUCGGGGAUUUCAACGCUGACUGCGGCUACCUGGCUAAGAAGAACAGGAAGAACGUGAGGCUGAUCACAGGGAGGAACCUCUUCUGGCUGAUCCCAGAGAAGACCGACACCACUGUGAAAUUUUCCACCUCCUGCACCUACGACAGGAUCGUUGUGCACGGGGAGAAGUUUGCCAGAGCCAUUGUGCCUUCUUCAGCCGGACCGUUCAACUUCCAGGAGGCUUACAGACUCUCAGAGGAACAGGCACUGGAGGUGAGCGACCACUACCCGGUGGAGGUUCGGCUGAAGGGCAUUGCAGACAAAGUGUCUCUCAGCAUCGGGACGCUCCUGUCUCUGUUUGUCCUCAGUCAACUGGUCUUCAAAGUGUUAACAUGAUGUCAAAACUGAUGAGACUUUAAGGAUUCUCCGACAUGUGGAGUCCAACUCACCACAUAUCACUGAGCACACGAAUGACAAUGUUAGGUUCAGGGUUACGAAAAACUGAAAUACAUACAAAACAACAUCUGAAUAUCUGCACAGGCGUACGAUGCACAUCACAGUAUGAUGGAAAUGUUGAAUAAUCCGUUCCACUUAAUGGACUUGAUUUUUCUCUUUCAGUUUAGCAAAGUUGGACCCUUUUAUUAAUCCUCUCAAUUUGCUCCAAAGCAGAGAGGAUGAGCUCUGAUUAAGCUGCUCCAGGAUACUGAAGCCGCCUUCUACAAACUGGACGACAGCUGCAGUAUCAUAAACACUCUAAAAGCAAAAUAAUGCAAACAAUAACUAUAAUAUAAUACAUUCUUGUGUCCAGGAUUAAAAUCUAAGUGACUCAGAGUUUUCAUGUACAGAGGUGAUUUAUGAAAGAAGCAGUUUAAGGUCAUAAAUCAUUAAGCUAAAUUAAUAAUUAAAGUUCUUCAACAUUGCAAAUCAAGCAACUGAAAUAAUGACAUGUGAUAUUAUCAUUUAUCAAUCUGUAAACAUAUAGAAGAAUAGGUGACGUUGUUGCCAAUAUUAUGAAAUUGAAGCACAAACAUUAUUUGACAUUUUAAAGUUGGAAUGUAGAAUACAUUUUAUUUGAUGUUGGACUCUCUUUGACUUCUUUAAGCAAAUGUGCAUUGUUGUCAGGAAAUGAAAUGUAAAAGCUGGAUGAGUUCAUAUUUGUGUGUGUGUGUGUGUGUGUGUGUGUGUGUGUGUGUGUGUGUGUGUGUGUGUGUGUGUGUGUGUGUGUGUGUGUGUGUGUGUGUGUGUGUGUGUGUGUGUGUGUGUGUGUGUGUGUGUGUGUGUGUGUGUGUGUGUGUGUGUGUGUGUGUGUGUGUGUGAGUGUGAGAGAGAAGACAUUUCUUGAGAAUGAGGAAGCUAACUGGGUAAUAACCACACAGAAAAUUAUGAAAUGUGUUAUUUUCUGUUGUAUUCUCUUCCUCUUUUUUUCCUGCUCUUUGUUUUCCUCAAUGCAGUUUCUGUUUGUUGUAUAUUUUUAUUUUCUUAUGCGUAAUUCUGUUUUUUCUUUGUAUACGAGCUGUUAUAUAAAAACAGAAUCAACAAACUUACAUCUCUAGCUUCAAUGAAUUGAAAUGUAAAACAUCCCGUUUCUUUAGUUGUGGAAUGCAGGCAAAACAACGACUCUUCUACACUGUGAACUAUUUCUAUCAAUAUGUCUGUCCAUUACAUUGCAGGUGUAAUUAAACUGUCUGGCUGUCACAUUCAUAACCUAUAAUCAUGAGCCUAAUCCUGAGUGAACGUAAUGUCCAGCUUAACCCCAGUGUGUGUAUUUGUGUUUAACAUCUCACAAAAGCCAACUUGUUUGUUAUUUGAGAUCAAGGAAGGAUCAGGUUUGGCUCUGAACAGUGUGUGUGUGUGUGUGUGUGUGUGUGUGUGUGUGUGUGUGUGUGUGUGUGUGUGUGUGUGUGUGUGUGUGUGUGUGUGUGUGUGUGUGUGUGUGUGUGUGUGUGUGUGUGUGUGUGUGUGUGUGUGUGUGUGGGUGUGUGUGUGGGUGUGGGGUGGGGCACAUCUGUAUGUGUCCUCAGCUAAUGUUUGCUGGUUGGAACAUGUUAUGCUCAGGAUAUGGAUCUCUGUAAAUGCUGUUUCUGCACUUCUCACGCACUUACAAAAUGUUACCCACACCUGCUAUAAGUAACUGUUUCAAACUUUACCAUCCUCAGUAAACUCUAGUAAUCCAUUACAUCUGUAUCUUGAAACUAUAGGGGAUCGCAAGAUUUUGAAACAGCCUUCAACAUAUACUCUAUGAGGCAAUGUAAAAGGGAGACGACUGAUGUCAGAGGUUGGAGGUUGUCAUGAUUUGAGAUACAAGAUACUGAUGGAUAUUUACAACUCCUGCUUCCUCAGUAAAGCCACAAACAUUGUAAAGGACUGUUCACACUCCGGUUUUCACCUGUUUGACCUGCUGCCCUCCGGGAGGCGCUACAGAUGUAGAAAAGCAAAGACAAACAGACUCAAAGACAGUUUCUUCCCAAGAGCAAUCAUGGCACUGAACUCUUGCACUAACACCCCUUAUUCUUCCUCCCCUGUGCAAUAACCCUUACAUGUGCAAUCUAUAUAAUUUCUUAUACACACACAUACAUAUUUACUUUACUAAUUGAGUUAUUUCCUGCACUUUCUUUCAUUAUUUUAGGUGUAUGAAUGCUGCGUCUCUUUGUUGUUGUAUGUCUCUUGUGAAUGUUUUGAUAAAAGGAGUAGCUUUUCUCUUUUUUUAUUGUACUUGUAUAAUGACGAUAAACGCUUCUAUCUAAUCAAAUCUAUUUUUAUUUAGAACAUGCACAAUUUCUGUUGAUGUCACGAUGAGUAGGAGGAUUUUAUUUAGUUGAUGACAAUGCACAUUCUUGAUUUCUAUAUAAACGUUGCAUUUUAUGUUUUUUAUUGUGCAAAUAAACCUUCUGAGCAUC